UAAGUCAGAGCGGAUAUGCCGACAGCGCUACUUUUAAACUCCGUAUCUAAGGAUUUUCUCUUAUUUUUUUCCUCUGAGUGAAACAAAAACUGGACCGCCAGUGCUGGAAAAUGAGAAGGUUAGGGAGAGGAAAAAGGUGAAACUUGUUCAUAGUUUUUUUCAAGUAUUGCUACGCCGGUUAGAGGAACUGCAAGAAAUGAAUGGGAUGAAGCUGUGAGGGUUUAGUACAAGGCAGCAUCAUGCACUUUUCUAUGCAUCAUCGUUAUGUGCCGUACGAAGUCAUUGUUUCAAGAAAACAGGAUUUUCACUUGUCUGGAAAUCUUGACUCUUCUCAUUAAACCCUGUCGUGGUAGAAAAUUCCCCUCUGACAAAACAUGAACGACAGCUUUGUUCCAAACACAUCAUGCCACAACACCCCCUCUAUUAUGGGCUAUUCUGGCAAACCAACAACAAGCAUCAUCAUGUUUUUGGCUGCAGUGGGGGGAAACCUGCUGGCUCUCUUCAUCCUCGGAGUGCACCAGAAGGAGCACCACUCCAGGUCCUCAGUCUUCUGCAUCCUGGUGACAGGACUGGCCCUCACUGACCUCCUGGGAACCUGCCUGCUCAGCCCACCUGUGUUCCUCUGCUAUUCCCAGAACACGUCCUUGAUAAGUCUGGGUGGUGAUAGACUGUGCAACCUGUUUGGAUUUGCGGUGAGCUUCUUCGGGUUGGCGCCCACUCUCAUCCUGUGCGCCAUGGCCCUGGAGCGCUGCUUGGCCAUCAGCCAUCCGUACUUUUACGCGGUGCACAUCCGCCGCAGCUUUGCUAAAUUCACCCUUUUCUUUAUUUACCUAUUCUCUUUGGCCUUCUGUCUCUUACCGUAUGGCGGGUAUGGUAAGUUCAGGCAGUACUGCCCAGGGACGUGGUGCUUUGUGGAUAUGGAUGCCACCGGGGAUGACCGUGCCAACUUGGUGCUGGCCUUCUCUCUGUCCUACUCAUCGCUCAUGGCACUGCUGAUCUUCAUCGUGUUCGUCUGCAACGGCUCAGUGAUUGUUAGCCUGUGCCAAAUGCACCAGAACCACAUGGUGCGCCGUGGCUCCGUGGUGUCGGUGGCACGGAAGAAAAGGCUGAGCUUGGCCUGGUUCGGACGUGGAGAAGAGGAGAUGGACCACUUGGUGCUGUUGGCGCUUAUCACUGUCAUCUUCGUGGUGUGCUCCCUGCCUCUAACCAUUGCUGGCUUUAUCAAUGCCAUUCAUCCAUUUUCUGGAGACAAAGAAAACUUGGCAGCUUUCCGCUUUUACGCUCUCAACCCCAUCGUGGAUCCCUGGGUCUUCAUCAUCUGCCGUAAGUCUGUGUUUCGUCACCUUUGCUCUCUGCUGAGCUGCCGGUUCGGCAAAGGAGCCAUGAAGACAACGGCACACUGUGCUUUGUCUUUACCGCUUGAUAACACCAUACCCCGCAACCCUUGAACUUACUGACAAAAAUGACUCUUUACCACAACCCAGAGCCUUAGCUGGGAAUGAUGAAGGACUCCAGGCAGAGACUGUCCUGUCUGAAAAAUUGUUUAACAAAUCUCUGAAAUGAAAGGGAUCUCGAAUGUACAGUUUGUAUUGAAAGAGAAAUGGUAUUCUGAAUGUGUCUGUCACCUUCAUUCUGUUUCAACACUGUAAAGGGAACUGUGCCAUAAAACAAAGCCCAGUACCUUCGCAUGGAUUAAUGCUUUGAAUCAUAUCAAAUAAGCACUCAGAUAAACUGAUGUGGAUAUUUAACAUGCAUGACUGCAUGCCAUCGUUUUCUUUUCAGCUAACAAUUUUCCUCAACACACAGAGUUAACCUUUUAUCCUCUACAGCAUGUAUAAUAUCAGCUCAAGAUCACUUGAAGCGUUUUAGCUCAUAACGUUACCCUUAUCAGGGAUAGGGAACUUUCAGAUAGACAUGUCUUAUUAAAGUGAGGUAUAGGUAGAAAUUGGUGGGCAAUAACACAGUUAUAUUGGGAACAUGUACAACAAACUAAAGUAUAAAAGGUCUUAAUCCAAAAUCCCAACUCAAUUCUGCUUGAGUUCAACUAGUCUGCAUUACUUUACGUUACAUUCUGUUCAGUUAAGUUUAUGUUGCACAACGUCAGCCUAUGACACUGUACAAGAUAAACGGGUUCGAUUCAUAUCCAUAAAUAUAUAAUUAAACGAAUCCAACCAUGUAGAUACAUUUGAAUUUGUACCUACAAAUUCAAAUUUUGUAAGGGGAGGGGGGGGUGUCUCGGGCACAACCUGGAAGUGUGAAUCCAGGGCUGUGAUUCAUACGACCUGAGAGCAGCAAAAACACAAGCGUGGUUAAUUCAAUGUUUGCACAGAAUUUACAAAGUUUCAACCAUGAACUAGGGAGCUUGGUAUCUCGGAGGCUUGAGUUACCACUCAACGUGGAGCAUCAGGCGAAGAAUGCUUGUCCUGCAGCUCCUUAAAAAUGCUCCAGCCCAAGAUUGGAUACAGGCGUGCAGAAGCAGUCUGCAAACCACGCCCACCAGAAGAACCUCUGCGGGAAGACAGGAAGAUUAUACAGAGUAGCAAAAACAGAUUAUGACAACAUUCCUGUAGGGUCAGACAGAAUUAUACUGUUUACACAUGUAUGUGAUCAGUUCCACGUUUUGAGCAUAAAAAUGUUGCUAAUUUAUGUUUACUAAAACCCCUUGUAACCUUAAAGUUCUAUUAUAUUCUAUAAGCAUAUGUGUGUUCAUCUCCGCAGGUGAACACACAGUUCAAUGUCAGUGUUUGUGCUUGUAGAAAAAGGUUCAGUUUGAAAACUUCAAUUAUGUUUAAAUGACUGACACUAAUAACUGCUAAAAUUGUUAUUUAAUAUAGUAUGAAAACGUUUUUUUUUUAAUUGAAGCAUUUUAUUUUGAUGGCCUGAUGAUGACCUGUAAGUUAUUCAACGUUGUGUAAAUUGCAUGGAUAAUUGACCUGUGACAUCUGCAAGAUGCUCUUUGUUUUGUUCAUUCUAGCUUGCUGUAUAGAAUUAUCAGAAGAUCUUCAAUUCAAUUAAGUCAUCUCAGGACACAUUACAAGACAAGCCAGUCCAGUUAUGUACAGUUAUAUAAGUAAAUCCAAUAUGCUCAGAUUCAAGUCCAACCGGCUUUUUUAAAAAGAUUUUUCUUGGUACUAGUGAUCUUUAUUGAGCGGUAACUUAACAGGAAAGAGGGUAAGGAGAGAGAAGGAGAAGAUAUGCAGAAAAUGGCCCGAGAUGGAGAAUCAAACCCAGGACAAGCGCAUCUUGGACUAUAGCCAGGCACGCCUGCUCUACCAACUGAGUCAUCCAGAACCCCAAUAACGCACUUCUUUACAAUAAAAAUGUUAUAGCAGUUUCAUCCAACUACAGAACAUUUACAGCAUUUCAGGCUGUAACUAUUGCCAAACAUUUUUCCAUCUUAAGAAAUACAGUUGACCAAAUGUAGAUAUUCCUCUUGAAGUGAGCAAAUGUUUCAAAUUUCUCUUGUAAAGAAUCUGUACAACUGUAUAAAGAGGUUUAAAACCUCAUGUCCAAUUUGGACUGAUGGAACAAAAGAUCAAGAGAGUCUUGAAAGCCAAACUAUCAAGAAUGUAGAAAGAUUGUUUUAAAUACAGAUGUUGAGCUUAGGCUGCUUUCUGGCUUUCCAGAAGAAUCGUAUAAUUAAAAAUAAAUCCUAAAUACCAAACUGAGGAAGUUUCCUGAAAGACAUUAUAGAUAUUUUAGCAUACACUGUACCACCUACAGCAAAUAAUGAUUGUAGUAAGAAAAGAUCAAAUCUGUUGUACAUUUUUUAUUUUGUUGCCUUGCAGCAAGAAGGUCCUGGGUUGGAGUUUGGAUGUUCUUUCUCUCCUUUCAUCAUUCCAAAAAUGCAUGUUAGGCUAACUGGCCACCAUAAAUUCACCCUAGGUGUAAAUGUGCACUUGCAUAGUUUCUUAUGUGGUAAUGUGUUGCCAACUGACAGAUUGGUGACUUGCAAGGAAUGAGCAAGUAUGUAAAAUAGAUACUUGCAUUAAAAUUUGUAGGGUUUACUGAAUGCAAAUUAAACCAAACUAUCAAUUCAGUUUUAUUUAUAUAGAGCCAAUUCACAACACAUGUCUCAAGGCACUUCACAACAGUCAGGUAGAUACACUCCAAUUAAUCCUAAUCAUUGAACAG